UAGCGUGGCGCGGACUUUCGCCGCAGCGGAGCUCAGGUGCGCGGCGGCGGCGUGCGCUGGCGUGAUAAGGCGUGAUGUCAGAGCGCGCGCCGUCGCCGGCUCGUCCUCCGCCUCUCGCCUCCGUCGUCAGUCGGCCGCGGAGCGCAAGCGUGAACGGUUUUUUGCGGUACUACCCACUCGACGCGCGCGCAUCCGCGACGUCUUGGCUUCGCGGGGAAGUGCUGAACGCUGCAGCGAUUCUUGUGCUCGACGCCAGGGACGGGAGCGGUGCAUGGUGGUGAAGGCGUGGCUGCGGAGCAUGAGCGCGGGGGGCGCCGGCGAGGGCGAGGACGAGGCGGCGUCGCGGCGCUGGCCCGUGGGCAUCCUUCGGCGCAGCGGCGCGCGCGCGGCUCGCCGUGUGCUGCACGUCAAGUACCGCAGCGUGCCGCCCGCUCCGUCCCCCGCCGCCUCGCCGCACGCGCUGCCGCUCGACAUCGACGACACUGUCUCCUGUUUCUGCAGGAAGGCGCGGCGCAAGGAGCGCGAGGGCGAGGCGGCGGGCGACACCAAGCUGUACCUGCAGGAGGCGCUGCUCGAGCGCAAGCUGCCGGAGCUCGACAUGCGACAGCUGGUGGACUUGCCGCACGGGCUCGACUACAAUGAGUGGCUCGCCUCGCACACGCUGGCGCUGUUCGACCACGUGAAUCUACUCUACGGAACGGUGUCGGAGUUUUGCACGGCCGCAUCGUGCCCCGACAUGACGGGCCCCGGCGGCCGCUCGUACGCGUGGUACGACGAGCGCGGCAAGAAGUCGCGCGUCGCCGCGCCGCAGUACGUCGACUACGUCAUGACCUACACCCAAAAGACCGUCAACGACGAGUCCAUAUUCCCCACUAAAUACGGUGGCGAGUUCCCGCUGCAGUUCGAGGGCGUGGUGCGGCGCGUGGUGCGGCUGCUGUUCCACGUGGUGGCGCACAUGUACGCGGCGCACUUCCGCAGCCUGGCGCUGCUGCGGCUGCACGCGCACCUGCACCUCACGUUCGCGCACCUGACGGCGCUGGACCGCCGCUUCGCGCUGCUGGACCCCAAGGAGACGGACGUGCUGCGCGACCUGGAGCUGGCGCUGCGCCUCGGCGAGGACAAGGACGCGUCGCCGCGCCGCCCGCCGCGCGCCGACGUCGUCGUCACGCAGCCGCUGGCCACCGCGUGACCAGUACUUAACUAACCGGCCCCUCGCCGCCCCUCACCGCCCCUGACCACCCCUCACCACCGUCGACGAUACGGUCGAGGCGCGUGAACCUUCUGUAAGUUGAAGAAUUGUUAACUCUAUUGUAAAUAUUUCGAUCUGUUAAGUAGUUUUAGGUGAUUACGAUUAGUUCCGUUACGAUUA